UUUUUCAGUUUUCUUCCGUUACUCCACUUGUCUAAAAAAAUUUCAUUUCUAUUGCCCACACUAUUGUUGCAUUCCAUUUUUCUGCAUUCAUUUUGUUCAUCCACAUCAUUAUCCAUUUUAGCCUCUCCUUUCCCCACACACACUUUAUUAUUCAUAUUUUCUUCAUCUCAUUUCAUUGUUUUAGACCAACGCGUUUUGAUAUCUUUACCAUCUUUUUAUUUACAAAACAGUCGCCAGUAUUAUCAUUUUUUGUUGACACUCACCGCACGCAGCCUUUUUAUCACGAACCACGCAGACAACCCACACCACCCCAUCACCCCACCACAACUACUAUCACCAUUGCUAUCUGAUGAUGCGCUGGAUUGGAACUCAGGAAAAGCCGCAACUGUCGGUUCAUCUCUACACGCCACAAAUCACGGUGACCAGCGGGUCCAACAGCAACCUGCUCCUGGGCUACGUUGCACUCGAGCUUUGCCGGCCAACAUCGAUAAAGUCAAUCAAACUGGCGCUCUCAGGCGUGUACUCUGCCAGCUGGGUCGAGAACGCCGGGCCGAACCGGAAAGAGUACUUCCAGAACAAGCAGUUCCACAGCGACAGCAUCCUCCUGUCCCGCAAGAAUCUGACUACAAGAAACAACAACAUUCUGCCCAUGUUCCAGGCGUCCAACAUCAGCAAUAACUGGGGGUCCCGCAACACAAGCGCUGCCAGCAGCAUCGCCAGCCGGAGCCGGAGCAAUAGCUCGUCGAGCGAGAGGCUCCCGGCUUUCCAUAGCAGGAGCUCCAGCCGGCACCAAAACAACUACGAUAUCCAGGAAGAGCUGCCCCAAUUCAUGGCCUCGGACAACAUCUGGGACUCCAACAUGAGCCGCCGGAACGGCAGCGAUGACAGCGACAACGCGCGUGAUCUCGCCUUCGAGGACAUUGUGUCCCAGCCAAAGAACGAGUUUGGACGCAAGCAGAUGAGCACAGGCGCCCAGCGUGAUGAGGACGAGGACAGCAACUGCGGGGUUGACCUUGCUGUUGGUUUCGAGCUGCCUGCGGGGAAGCACCAACUCAAGUUCUGCUUCACUCUGCCGUCGCGCAUGCCAUCAACCAUUGUGUCGCACGUUGGCGGCAUCGACUACAACCUUGUGGCGCAGAUGAAGCUCAAGAAUUCGAUGACCAUGCUGCCUGGAAACAACACCGUCAGUGCCACCUGCCCAGUGCAUGUGACUAACCUGCCGUCAAGGUUUGCGCAGCUGGAAGUUGACCUGCCGGUCAACGACGAGGCUGUGUUUACUAAGCAGAUGAACGACGAGUGGUGGAUCAUGUCCAAGCUGUCGGCGCGCACAGCAAGCCCCGGAGACAUCCUGAGCCUCGAUGUCUCCAUGGCGUGGCCGGGACAGUGCGCCUACGACGAGGACCUGUCUUCUCGCCUGGAGAUUGUUGCGAUACAGAUGGACUUGAUCGAGUCGACUGUCUACAAGUCGCUGUCGUCGGGCAAGGUCAUCAAAAAAAUCGAAGUCGUUGUGGCUUCGGGCGUGGCCGGCGGACUCUCGAACGACAUUCACGAGAACCCUCGCUUGAACUCCCUCCUUGGCGACAGCAUCAUUCAUAAGCGGAGCUCGGAGAUGGAUCUGCUUGAGAUGUCGCGCUCGCGGGCGUCGUCAAAGUCAAGUCGCGAGUCGUCCCAAGUCGAUAUCACAUCGGCGGCAACCCCGGCAGUCCAAGGCAUGUUCAACGACCAGUUCAAGCGCACCUUCAAGCUGCAGGUCCCGAAGCUUCUUCAGUCAGGCGUCAAACUGCAGGCCGGCGGCAUCCAUAUUGACUGCAGGUCAGCUCCUGUCUCAAUUAUUCACGAGGUGCAGGUCACCAUCCAGGUUCUUGAUAUCAAGACGCAAAAGCUCCACACCAUUCCGUUCUUCAGCCGCAUUCUCAUUGUGCCAGAGGCUGAGUCCUUGUGCUUGCCCGCAUACAACCUGUCGGUACUUGACACUCGCGUUAUGUGAAUUCCCAGCCCUUUUUUUCUAAAUGAUUAAAUAAUGUAAAAAAAACAUAUAUACACGCUUUCCCAUAAAAAAA